UUAAGAUUUUUAAAUUCAGUUGAAAUUCGCUGCGUUCGCUUAAAUUUUAUACACGCUUUCUUCGAGUUAUUUAAUUGGGAACUGCACAAAUAAUAUAAUAUUUUAGACAACAAAAAUGCUCGACUUAGUAUUGUGUUCAGUUAACGCGUCACUUGUAACAUUUUCACAUUAGAACAACUUGUGGAAAAUUGAAAUCACCGCGUUUCCCUACGAUUACUUGUGCAGCAUAAAGCAACAAAAACGUACAGAAAAGGCGCUGCUCUCCGGCACCGUGUAUAUUCACAGCACCCGCACAGGCGCCAGCUGCUACAGCGAAGAGCCAUAACCGACAAAAUGGAUUUGGAUUAUGUGAAUUUGAAUAGGUUGUCGGACGCGGAUAUAGCGGCGCAUAUGCGUAAAUUAAAUUAUGAAAAAUUCAAAUCGUUGGUGCGCAUGCAUCUCUCCUUCGAGCUCGACUUGAAUACCGAUGAAUUUGAUUUACCAUGCCAUGAGAUCGAAUAUGAGGACAAAGGUAAGCUUAAGAAAUGGAAUCGUCUAUCGAAAAAGCAGAAACACACAACAGGCUGCACAAACAAUGCGUCGAAGGGUUCGAUCAGUGCAGAAAGUAGUCCUGUGGAAUCAUUACACCAACAAAUAAACGCUGGAUUCUUACUACACUUAAAUGAACUGAAAUCGUUUCUAUUGCUAGAGAAAAAUAUAACACAGGAAGGCAUCUUCCGCAAAACCGGGUCAGCCUCGCGACAAAAUGAACUGCGACAGCAAGUCCAAAAUGACAAACCAAUCGAUUUAGAAGCGGGAGGCUAUUCGGCCCAUGAUUGUGCCACCGUAUUUAAGGGCUAUCUCGCUGAACUACCUGAACCGCUGCUUACUGACGCUCACUAUCCGGCACAUCAGCAAAUAGCACCGCUAUGCUUGGGCUCUGGAUCCUCAAGCAGUAGCAGUACGGGCACGCUGACCCGCCCUUUAAACCCGGAACGUAUUAAACGUGAGCAGCACUUGCUCAGCUCAAUGCAACUGCUUUUACUGCUAUUGCCAGAUGAAAAUCGCCAGCUCUUGCAGCACAUCAUCGAAAUUUUGCAUUCGGUAGCGGCACAUGCAAACGAAAAUAAAAUGACACCAGAAAAUUUGGCAACAAUUUUUGCCCCACAUCUUAUUUGUCCGCGGAAUUUACCGCCAGAAGCAUUGCACUAUAUUUCCAAAACGAUGUCUAGCAUUGUUGCAUAUAUGGUAUGCAAAGGUCAAGAGAUUUUCGAAAUGCCUGCAAAAUUAUCAACAGACAUACGUGCAUAUUUCAUGGAACGCAAACGGAAGAAGACCAUGUCACCUGAGCAAACAUUGGACGAAUCCAUUUCGGAUAUGUCGACGGUGAAUACAGUGUAUACUUUCGUAGAUCGCGAAAAAACGGCGGCCGCACAUACGGCUAAUAACACAGAUACUGAGUUGGCACAAUUGUACGCGCAUAUACAAAGCUUGCCAGAGUCGUCUAAAAAGCGUCGCCUCAUCAAACAAUUCAAUAAACAGAAUGGACAGGGUACACCGCUCCAAUUGGUGGUUAUGAAACGAUUGAAGGGCACAGAUGCGUCGCGCAGCGCCAAAUCUAUAGGCGACUCUAUCAAGAAACACAUUUUCCAUAAGGGCAUUAUGUCAAGAACACCAAAACGUGCAGCUAUUAACAAUGAAACACCCGCAGCUGGCGUUGAAACACCCAUCAAUUUUUCCCAUACACAUAAGCAUCCAAAAUUACGAGCACUCUUCCGCAGUCCUGCGCCUUCGAACGCAAACACACCACUCCGAUCUUCAUCGACCACAACGUCAACGACAUCAUCACGAACAUUGCAUGCCACUUAUCGCACGCUCACCAACACACCUUCAUCUACCUGCACAUCAACAGCAUCUCAGUCCCCCAUACCAUACUCUAUAAAAUCACUUAGUCAGCAUCCGCUACAUAAGUCCAUCUCAUCCAAUUCGCUACUUUCGUAUUCGUCUCAAACGCAGCAGCGUACAAUGAGACUUCCUCGACAUACGAAAGACGAAGUUUCUGAAGCUUCUUCCCUCUCCUCAAGCAGCAGCGAUGGUUUGCCACCGGCAUCAGCGCCGAAGUACGACUGCUCCGUUUCCGCGCCCGUCAGUCGUCAGAAUUCGGAGGAAUGUAAUAUGGCGACGAGUGCUGCAAACCUAUAUGCCGCUACUCGAUGGGACGUUACUUGUACACCACUCAAAUUCCUCUCAGAUGCAUGCAAGCAACAGGCUGCAUAUUUUGACGACGGGCCCGCCUCCGACGCGCGCAAAACAGUUGUUUGGGAUGAGGCGCAUCUGUUAGAAAUUGAAGAGAUCUCAAACCCUUGCACACCCAUACAACAAACUUCAACGGAGCAUAAGUCGCGCUACAAGUCAGAACCAAAUUUAAGUUGCGCCAAUGGGACUGUUGCGCCUGGGGCUGGCGAGCAGGAAAGCGCAUCAAAGUAUACGAGCGGUAGUCGUUCGUUAACGCGGAAACUGAUGAAAGGUGUUAGUAUGAGCAAUUUAAAGUUUUCUUUUGCCACACCCGAACGGUUGGUUCGUAGUGUCUCCUCUACACUGCGUAGACGAUCGGCCGGAGACGAUGAGCUGCCAAAGGCCGGUGCAAUGGGAACGAUAGAGCAGACGUACGAACAUGCGCAAGAAGUAACAAAUGUUGCUACUGAUAGUCUGGAGGAUUUGGAUGACGAAACCUUCGAAGAUAAUCCCGAUGAUCACUUGGACAGCGAUAGCGGUCCAGAAGAAGAGGAUGAAGAAGACGAAUGCGAUGGCGUAGCGCAGGAUAUGCGCAUAGCGUCAGCCGAUGGGAGGAGCAGCAAUAGCAAUUCGAGUGACAACAGCAUUACACGUUACCAUCAGCAGCUUUUGCUGCAGCAGAGUGGCGUCUACAGAAAUAUGGAGUUAAUAACAAGCACGCCAUCGCUGCUGCUUGGACGGCGCUCAAUGUCGCCAAUUACCAAAUCCACACAGCGCAUGCCCAAGGCUAUGCAGGAAUCCAUAAUGACUCCACGGUCACGCAAACCCGUUAUGGUGCUCACCACAACCACACACAGCUCCAGUGAUCAAAAUCAAACAAUUUGUCAAACAGAUUUAUCCAGUUUAGGUGAACGGGACGAAGAUGAGAGCAGUCAUAGCCGCGGUAGCGCCGAUUUCUCGCAGCAGGAAGCGAGCGGCAGUGACAUAUCGCCACAUUUGCAAUGCGAAGACGCUACCUCAUUGGACAGCUAUGCAGGAUUAAUGCGCACCCGCCAGCCAGUUUUGGCAUCACUAGAGCCCAACGAGCGCAGCGUAGAGAAAGUCGAUGCGCUCAGCAGCAAUUUCAAAGAAUAUCUGCGCCGUCGAAGCGUGCUUACAGCCAGUCCAGUCGACUCGUCGUUCUCCAGCCAACCCGAUGAUUUCGGUUCGCCACAAAAUAUCGAAGAUUUGAAUGAUUCACAGUUGAGCCCUAGUUUAUUGUACUGUCUUGAUGGACAUGAGCCUGAUGAAAAUGCAAUACUAGUUGAUGAACAAUCCAAAAGUUUCAACCACAACGAGCAAGUGCUUCAAAAAAUAACGAUAGCAAAAUUAAGUCAUGCAGAAGCAAGAGGUGCGUCAAGUGGCAGUAAAUGUUGUACACCGCACAAUUCUUAUUAUCGCAAUCGAUUGUAUGCCAUGAACAAUGUACGUAAACGUGCUGCUAACGGUGAUUUCGAGAAGAGCAUACAACCUCCAGUAACAUCGUCUACUGCGGAGACUGCGGCAAAUACUACAGCAGCAAAUCGCAACAGGUCAACUAUAGCAAACAAAGAGAAUAUCGAGCAAGUUGAGGGCUAUUUACGCUCAAGAAAACUGCUCAUUAGUGAGUAUCCCGGCGAAACAUCGUUUUAAGUUAGCUGUUAUAAUAUAUAUUAAUUGCUGUUGUACUUUAUAUAUAUUAAAAAUAAUAUUUUAAACACAACAUAUCCAUUUAAAAAUAUUUAAAUUACAUAAACUCUCAUGUGCAUAUGUAUUAACCAUUCAAACGGUUAACUGAGUGUACAUAUAGUAUUCUUUUCAAAUCAAACUCGAAUUUCAAAAUGCUUCCCACUUUUACAGAAAAAAAUCUCUUUAAUGUAAGUAUAGUUUAAGUACUUAUUUUUGUAAGUAUACUUUAUGCGCAAGCGGAAGGGCAGCUAAAAUUUAUUAUUAGCUAAGACAACUUUAAUUACGAGUAUCUAAAAUUUCAAUUGCGUAUGUAAUUUGGUGUUCUUAAUUGUACUUAUGUACGCACAUACAUACAUAUUAAUAUAAAUCACAUAUGAAGUUUUGAAUAUAAGCGUUUAGAUUUAUACACACUUAUGUAUGCAAACUAUUAAACAACUAUAUUAUUCUUUUGCAUUUAC